AUGAGUUCAGUGAAUGAAGAUAAUCAAAUGGAACUUGAGUUGAAGAAUGAGGAUGUGGUUGAUGUUGAAAAGGAUGUUAUAACUAACCAUGCUGAAAAUGUUAAUGUAAAUGGUGAAAAUUCAGGUAACGUAGAAAUUAGGGAAGGUGAUGAAAAGGAUCAUAUCGAAGAGAAUGAUAAAGAUGAAACUAAUGUUGUUAAUGAAGUUGAUCUUAAAGAUGAUGAAGUUACUUAUGAGAAUAAUAAAAACGAAGAAAAUAAAAGUAGCAAUCGUUGGGCUGAUAUGUGUGAAGAUUGUGAUGCUCCAUUAGUGGAUACCUACAAUGACAAUAAUGAUAUGAAGGGCAAAGUUGUUGAUAACAAUUUUAAUAACAGCGAUAUGAAUAAUAAUAUGAAGCAGAAUUAUUAUAUGGCUCCAAAAAAUGAUAUGAAUAAUUAUGCCACGUGCUACGAAAUAUAUAUACGCAACCUACACAUUGAUAUUACGAAAGAAGAAAUAUAUAAUUUGUUUGACGGGUACCGAAUAAAAAGAAUAAACAUUUUAAACAAGAAAGGAAAAACAGCUGCUGCAUAUGUUGAGUUCGAUAACAUAGAAGAUAUGAACAGAUCUUUAGAGUUGAAUGGGAAAAUGAUAUAUUCUGGAAAUAAUUCUUUUGAACAUGGUACUAUAUCUGUAAUUAUAAAUAAAGACAAAAUGAAGAAUUUUCAUGUAAAUCAGAAGCAAAAUAAAUUUAAGAAAAUGAUAAAUAGAAAUAAUAAUAAUAAUAAUAACUUUAGUAACAUUCGUCAAGGAAAUAAUAACAUGAAUAAUAUUAUGAAUAAUUACAACGGAAACAAUAACAAUAAUAAUAAUAGUAAUAAUAAUAAUAAUAAUAAUAAUAGUAACAAUAAUAAUAAUAAUAUGUAUAACCAUAUGAAUAACAAUAAUAACCCUUUUUUUAAUGAUAAUAAUAAGAACAUGAAAAUGGAUAUGAUGAAAAGUGUAGGAAAUACAAUAAAUAAUAAUAUAAAUCAAAAUUUUAACUAUAACAAUAUGAAAGGAAGUUAUUUAAAUAAUAAUCAACAAGUAGGAGGUUCAAAUGUACAUAUGAAUCACCAACAAAAUAAUAAUAAUAUGUUAAAUGAUAAAAUGAAUAAUAAUGCUUUUAAUUUUAAAAACCAGAAUUAUCUAAAUAAUAAUCAUAUGAAUAAACAAAGUAUUGUUGAUAAUAAUAAUAAUAAUAAUAGUAGUAGUAAUAAUAACAAUAUUAAUAAUGCUCAAAGCGGAACAGAACAAAGAAAAAAAUUAAUUCUGAAAAAAAGAUCUGUACCACUUGACCAAAAAAGUUAUGUAGUCAAUCCUAAUAUUUUUGGUGAAGCCAAACCUGUUGAUAUUGAUCCAGAAAAAAUAUUAAAUGAAAGUACUACAAAGGAAAAAGACAUGAACGACACAAAUAGCAACAUCAACAACAAUAAUAAUAAUAAUAAUAAUAAUAACAAUAGUGAUGAUGAUGCUGAAAAGAAAAAUGAAAAUAUGGAAGAUAUAGAAAAGAAAAAAGAACAACAAGAAGGUACAGAUAAAUAUAAAAAAUUAAGCCAUCUAAACAACAAUAAUAAUAAUAACAAUAUUAACGAAUUUAAUAAAGAUAACAAAAACACUAACAUGUCUAGUAACAAAAAUGUUUUCAAUUAUAAAAAAAAUAACAACACAAAUAGAAACUUUAAUUAUAAUAACAAUUUUACAAACAAUACAAAAAAUAACAAUAAUAAUAAUAACAAUAAUAAUAAUAAUAAUAAUAAUAAUAAUAAUACGAAGAAAAUAUUCAUGAUGAAUAAAAAUAAUGCAAAUAAUAACAUGAAAAAGAAUAUGAACAAUUUAGAUAGUAGUAACAAUAUGUCAGGAAAUAAAAACUUAACAAAUUUAAAUCAUUCUGGUAAUGCCAACAGUAAUAAUAUGGUUAAUGAUAUGAACAACAAAAAGAUGAAUAAUGUGAAUAAUAAAAAUUUUAAUAAGAAUAUGGAUAACAAUAAUAUAACUAGAGAUUUUAGUAAUUUAAAAAAUAAUAGUGCGGAUGAUAAUAAAAAAAAUAUUAAUGUUAGUGUUAUACAUAACCACAUAUACGAAAAUAAUAAGGUGUAUGGUUCAAAUCAAGAUGACGAAACAUCAACAAAUAAUAACAUGAAUAAUAAUUAUGUAAAUAAUGAAAUGGGAACCAGUGGUAGUAAUAUCAAAGGAAAAUUUAAUAACUUUAGAAAUACACAUGGUACUAUGGACAAGAAAAAUGUAGAUCAUAAUAAUAAUAACACACCAUACCAGAAGAAAGAAUUAAAUAUAAUAAAAAAAGAUGAUAAAGUUAAUAUUAAAAAUAUUAUUAUGAAAAAUAUUAAAAGAGAAGAUAAUAAUACAGCACCUUACAAUUCAGGUGUAAAUUUGGCUAGCUCAAGUCAUUUUCGUAAUGAUAGUUCCUCACAUAUGAGAGGUCAAAAAAUGAAUGAGAAGAAAAAUCUAGAAAAUGAUAUAUUGAAUAAUGAUAGAGACAGUUUAAAAAAUAUGGAUGACGAAGAAGGAUAUGACAACAUGAACAGAAAUAUGAAUUCGAAGGGAAAUACUGAAAGGUAUAACAACAACAUAAAUAAUAAUAAUAAUAAUAAUAAUAAUAAUAGCUCGUAUAAUUAUAAUAUGGAAAAUCUUUAUGAUAGCUCAUUGAAGUAUGUAAAAAAUGCUAACAACUUAAACAAAACAAAGAAAAUUACAGCUGUAAAAACCGUUAAAGUUAUAGCAACAGAAAAGAAAUAUGAUGAUGAAAAUGGAGAUGAAGAAAAUAAAGAUGAUAAUAAUAGUAAUAACAUAGGAAAUGGAGAAACAGGAAAUGAAAAACAUUACAAAGAUGAUAAAUAUCAUGAUGAUAAAAAAUUAGACAAUACCAAUGAAUCCGUAAAAAGUAAUGAUAAUUAUACUUAUGAAUCAGAUGUCUCAGAUACUAAUAAUACUAUAGAUAAUAAUAAUAAUAAUAAUAAUAAUAAAGAUAUAACUAGUACUAACCUCAAAUCUACCUUAUUACAAACAAAGACAAAGAGAAGAGUUAAGAAAAAAACAACAGACGAAACAGAAAAUAAUAAUGUAGAAAAUAAUGAAGCAAACGGUGAUAAUAAUGCAAAUGCUGCAUCAGGAAAAAGUCAAAAAAUAGAUAUUCUCAUUAAGCCAAAUUUAAAGAAAGGGGAAAAUAUAUGGGAAGCUAGAACUCAUUUGUUGGUUGAACAAAAAGAAAAUGCUGCAACAAAUGAUAAGGGGUCACAUUAUAGUUCCAGAAGAAGUAGGUCGCACUCAAAUAAAGUAAGCAGGGGUAGUAGUCGAAGAAGAGAAGGAAGUAGUAGAAGAAGAGAUAGUAGUAGAAGACGUGAUAGUAGUCGUAGAAGAGAUCGUUAUAGUAGACGAUAUGAAAGAAGGUCCGAUAGAAAAGAUGACAGUAGAAGAGAAGAAAGAAGAGGAGGUGAUAGCAGAAGAGAUAGUAGUAGAAGAGACAGCAGUAGAAGGAAUGAUAGGAGAGAUGAAAGUAGAAGGGACGAAAGUAGAAGGGACGAAAGUAGAAGAGAUGAAAGUAGAAGAGACGAAAGUAGAAGGGACGAAAGUAGACGUGAUGAAAGUAGAAGGGACGAAAGUAGAAGGGACGAAAGUAGACGUGAUGAAAGUAGACGUGAUGAAAGUAGAAGAGAUGAAAGUAGAAGAGACGAAAGUAGAAGAGAUGAAAGUAGAAGAACUGCUGAUGAUAGAAAGGAUGAUCAUGCUGAUAGUGUUACGACCAAAAAAGAUGAUUAUAAAAGAAGAGGAACAGAUGAUAGCAAAAAAGAAGAAAAUAAUAGAGGUGGAAGUUCAUAUGAUUAUAAUAAUAGAAAACAUAGAACAUAUGAUAAACAUAGUAGUAGUAGAAAUAAUUAUGAUAGAAAAAGAAAUAGUAGAUAUAGCGUUUCAGAUAAAAAGAAUUAUGAUAAUAAAAGUUAUAUAUCAGAUGAUAAAAGAAAACAUAGAGAUUCAUAUGAUAAAAGUUUUAGAAAUUCACAUGAUAGAUUAAGUUAUAAAGAUAACUAUGAAAAAAAUAAUAAUAAAGAUAUAGUAUAUGAAAGAAAUAGCUAUAUAGAUUAUGAUAAAAUGGAUAAUAAAUAUUUCUCCAAUAAUUAUAAUUCCUUAAGACAUAAUAAAAAUUAUAAACAUCAUGGUUCUCAUUCGAAAAUAAAUAAUUAUAAUUACUCAAAUAAUUAUAAAUCAUCCAAUUAUUAUAAAUAUUCAUCGAAAGGUAGCUUUUAUAAAGAUACCAAAACUUCAUCAAAACAAAAUGAUAAAGAUAAGCAAGAAGCAAAAACAGAAAUGCAAACUAUUCCAAAGAAAGCUAUUGUAACAGCUGUAAAAACAAAUAAUGUUUCUAUAAAAAAAAAUAGAUACGAAUGUUUAGGAGAUGCUGACGAGAGCGACAAAUAA